CACGGCGAUGGAGGUGCGAGCCAUGGUGGCCCUCAGGCUAUGGGGCACGGUGAAACUCCUGGGAGCCCUGGUCUUGGUGGCAUCCACGGGGUCUUCGGUGGCGGGUGAUAACCGCGUGGUGGGCGGCAUGGACUGCGAGCCCCACUCGCAGCCGUGGCAGGUGGCCAUCCUCGACAUGUACAAGCUCUACUGCGGCGGCGUCCUGGUGGCCAGGCAGUGGGUGGUGACGGCGGCCCACUGCACCACGCCGGGGAUCACCAGCACCCACCUGGGCAAGCACAACCUCUACACGCGGGAGUGGGGCGAGGUGCAGAAGAUGGUGCAGAAGUUUGUGCCGCACCCCAACUACAACCCCACCACCAAGGACAACGACAUCAUGUUGAUGAAACUCCUGACGCCCGUCACCCUCACCAACAGGAUCCAGCCCAUCGCCGUGGCCUCCUGCCUCCCAGAUCCUGGCACCACCUGCGUCACCUCGGGAUGGGGGGCCACCACCUCCCCAGAAGGUACCCAGUAUCUGUGACCUCUUCUGGAUGCUUGGGUCCCAUCCUGGAGGUCUGGGUCCC